AUAAGUCGGUUACUUUGGUACGGCUGUGGCCGCAGAAAUGGACUUACCUGCUUCAUAUUACGGGAAAGUUAAUAAUAGAAACCCCGUUGUUUUAACUUUUGAACGAGACAUAAACUCGUUUAUAACGCUGAUGAGACGAUCCACUUCCUCUACCAGCCGAAACAACGACUGUCAUGCUAAAGGGAUGAAAAUCCAAAUGGACAUAUGGAAAAAGUACAAACAUCGACUGCCUUGGAAGUUGUACCAGGAGCGCAUGUUGCAGAUUGCAGAUUUUCUCUUUGGGAUAAAGUUGUACCAGUCAGCUCUUUGGCAGGGAUACAGUCUCAACCUGCUGCAGUUCAACUCUGCUGCUGUGAGAAUAACUGACAUCACAGAUGUAAAGCAUUUCAUGGCCUACUUCUUCCCUGAAGGGUUUGAUACAGACCAAGAUACAUUUGCCAUGAAGAUCCGUGCAAUGCACGGCUGUGCCCUGUGUAUAUUUGAACUGGAGAAAAGGCACAGUGUCCUCAGCCAAAAGGGACUCUGUAAACUGCUGGAUGUACUGAACUUCCUCAGGAUCAUGAUGCAGGCUGUUCAGCAACACGAACAUCUCUGCUGGCAACUAUAUAAUGGUUCUUUACACAUCUACACCAUCUGCCGUUACCUGAUGACCAAGAGUUGUAGUGCACAGGCGCUGGAGUACCUUCUAUGGGCAAGCAUCAGUUUAGAGCUGUCCCUUCCUCUGAUGACUGCUCAGUAUCUGCCGUGGAUUGUCACACUCUACUGUGCUGUCUGCCACUGUUACUAUGACAACAAGGCUGCUGUUCAAGCGGAGAAAUUUGCAAGGAGAGCCCUUGGAAAAAUCAAUGAGUUAGCAAAGCUGGAACAGCAGAGUGAUGUUCCUGUCACCAGAGAGACUCAGAGAGCUUACAAAGAAGCCUCCAUCAAGCUUGCUGCUAUGCUGUUUAAACGUUCACCGUUUGAGGCCAGACGAAGAACCAAAACUUCGUUCAGGCAUAAAAUCAAAAGCACCUUGAAGGACAUACCCAAUGGGCCAUGGCCUCGUACUACAACAGAGCGCAUGCUAAUGAGCCUGUUCGACAGCAGUGCAGCGCAGUUCCUGGGCAUUUUGGAAGCCCUUUGGGACAGCACCAGACGCCCCCUGCAUACGAGGAUGCCAGAUGAACCAGAGCUGCAGGAGGUGAUCCUGGAACUCCUGUCUGCUGGCAUCAGUAUAUUAUCUGGAGCAGCAACUUCUAGCGAGUCUCUUGGAUGUCUCAGUGCACUGACACCAACCUCCACUUUAUUGGAUUUAGCCGUUGCAGGAGGAAACAAAAUACCCUUCAUUUCUGCGAUGAAGUUUAUCAAGAUGUUGUUUCAGUACAAGCAGACAGAUGCUUUCACUGAACUUGCCAGAGAGAUGCUGCAGGUUUUGUCUGGUGUGGAAGGUCAGUCACACAGGAGGGCAGAGCUGGAGCUUGCUUUAUUUGACAGUUUCAACACUCUGUUGUCUUCCCAGAGGGGCCAUCCGAAAGAGGACAACACGAGUGAUGGCAAUCACAAAUCUUCAUUCUCAAUGAGUGAUGAGUUCAUCGGCCUGGUAGACACCCUCCACAAGUCUGUGUGUGCCUCUGCUCCUGAGGUGCAGCCGGAUGAAGACCUGGUUGCGGAUGUUUUAUUAUUUCUCUGGGGUCAAGUGAGGCUGGUGAUCCAAAGGGAGCAGAUGCCAAACUUAGAGUUUCUACAUUACCUUGAAAAGUUGGAUCAUUACGAUAAGUGGCUGUGGUGUCUAUCUAUGCUGUGUGAUGUGGCUUUUGCCUGUGAUUUUCCAACUGUGGACUACAUAAUAACAGCAGAGAUGGUUCUCACAUUGGCCACACUGCUAGAGAGUGCAGCUGAACCCAGCAAACAAUGUCCUGGAUCUCGUGAAGUGAACUGUGACAGUGGGAAGCCACUCUCUAUUCUUGAGAGUUCAAGUACAGGGCUGCUUCAGAAAGUGUGUGUGUUGGUGGAGCAGGGUCUUGAUGCCCUGGUAAAGGGUGUAGAUAUAUCGCCGCCUCAAGAUUGCUCAGCGAUCACUGACGCUGCCUUCAUGCAGAAAUGUCGUCCCCUCAUUCCAUCAACUCCUAUAUCUUCUUUGACAUCAUUGCAAGAGGAAAAUAAAGGAGGUGAAAUAAGUGGGAAGGAAAAAGAAGAAGUGGAAACCGAGGCAAAAUCAGAUAUUGAAAGCUCUCAACACACUCAGUCCAAACGUGUGUUCUUGCUGGCCUCAGACCUUCAUCUAGAACUGGACAUCAUUCACCACAGGGCUUCUCUGAAGUUACUGCUGCUGAAUGCAGUUGAAGAGUCUGAACUGUUGAAUCGGAUCAAGAAGAACAAGGGGUCCAAAGCUCUUUUCCUGAUCCAGAAAGCCUUGCUGGCGCACAACGACAUGGAGCCAAAUGACAGCCAGAAAACCCAGAGUCUGCUGGAGGAGGCCUCCACCUUGAUAGAGAAAGCAGGGGUGGAAGAAAGGAAACUGUAUAUCUCGACCUGUAAGACUCCAGCUGAAAAUAAAGAUAAAGGAACGAAGGAGAAGAAAGAAAACCCUCCACCUGCCCCCAUCCUGCUCUCACGCACCAACCUCUCCUUUACCUUUGCCCCAGCACCUUAUAACUUAGAGGAACAGGUUUACUGGUAUCAGCUCUGCGGACGUCCGGCUGAGGGCACUAAUUGGAAAGUCCGCCUUGGGGACUGCAGCCUGCCAGGAACUGGAAAUUGGGUACCAUCAGUAUCUGGGGAGAGCGUGCUGAGGGUUGAGGGGCUGCAGCAAAAUCAGAAGUAUGUGUUUGCAGUAGCAGCCUACGACAGCCAGGGAAAGCUCCUGGGUAACAGCAUAGGAGAUUCAACAUUUCCACUGCUGGCGUCCUUGCCGGUACCAUUGCUCUCUACUUUGGCUUACUUGGCACAGGUUGCAUUUCAAACGAAUCAGUAUGAUGUUGCAAAGAGAGCCUGCAGAGAACUGUGGAUCCACUAUACAGACCCCGACUCUGGAGCCCACAGCACACAGGAAAGACUUGCCAUGACAGGGCUGCGUGUCCAAACCCUGCUACUGUCCUCUCCUCACCUGUGUCAGCUGUUCCUCACUUCCAUCUUCAUUGAGACGGAGAUAAACAUUCAGCAGGGAUCGCUAAAUUGUGACUCAUUUAGUGACGGUGGAGCGUUUAUCUGGGAACAGGAAGUCCGACUGGCAGAGUGUGAGCGAAUGCUGGUGGCCAUGGACCUGGCCAUGUGGUUGAACGACGGCUGCUUUGCCGUGCAAGCUGCAGUCAGCUGUUACGGCCUGUUAGCACCAAUGAUCUUCCAUCAGAUCACUUGCGACCAAGUAGUUCAGGUGUUGAACAAAUGCUUGAUAGUUCUGGAGGAGAAUUCAGGACUCUUUAAACAAAACGGGACUGGAAACACAUCAGAGUCAUUUAUGCACAUGAUAGCGUGCAUCACCUACUACCUCUCCAAGGCAUUACGUGUGCUCAGAGAGCAUCACAUGGCUUCUGUGGUGAUGGACUGUGGUCGCAGGCUGCUCCAAGAGGUCUACGAAGCCCAGCUGCAGAUCAGUGGACUUACCAAUAAAGCUAAAAGGGCAGAUCAUGCUGCAAUCAAGGCUGAAAUGAAGAUAGGUAUUCAACUGAAGGCUCUGUAUCAGAAAAACAAGAAAGAAUGCCCAUCUGAAGCAGCUCUCACAGAACACAAUGACAUUGCACGCCCACUGACUGGCUGUGAGGAUCCCACCAUAUUGUAUGAUCUGAUCUCUAACAGCCCCUUAAAGGAAGCUUAUCUGGACGUGAUGAAGCUCAGACGCAAGGUGUAUUUUAUUGAGUUUGCGGCACUUCUUCUCCAGAGAACCAUGGAAGAAGGCCAACCAGACCUUGUUCUGAAGUGGGGUCAAACCAUGUUUCAAUUUCUUAACAGGCGUGAGGGGGUGAUGGGACUGUCCUCAAAAUGUUUGGAGGGAAACAGUCCGAGCCGAAGAGGAAAUAGUGCUCAGGUUCCGAAAGCAAAUGAACCAUCACAGCAGAACAAGAACACACCUUCACACAAUGAUGCACGAAAGAAACUGAAGCAGACAAUGCCACAGAGCAUGCUUCAGAGAGUGAAAACUAACAGGGAUAUGCAGGCUGUGGAGAACCUGCUAGCCAUGAUGUCGUCUGCGGUGCAACGCCAGAAGAAGCAGUUUCAGCUGAGGAACAUGUGCCGUGAGGAGAGUGUGUGGAAGUCUCACCUCAACCACAUCAUGGCUCAGGCACAUUUAGCUCUGCUUUACCAGGGCCUGGACACGCUGCAUGGAGGAGCCCUGCAGAACAGCUACGGGCAGUUUGAUCCCUUGUGUUUCUCUCUCGCUUACUCUGGUUUCCUGGUGUGGAGAAACUCGCAGCGACAACAGUCUUCUCAUCAUGAGAGUCUCAAAGAGAGAGAAUCCUCUCACUCCUCUCACAAGGAAUAUGUGGCUGCACACAAAGAGAGAAAUAAAAAGGAGGCAGUCAGAGGUGCUGACUCUGUUUCAGAGGAGAGUUGUAAGGAGGAACAGGACUCCUCUCAAACUGUGGAAAAGCUGAUGGAGACACAGAGACGCACCGCUGCCUUGGUGCUGGAUUCACUUAACAAAGCUGCUUUACAUCUACGAAGGGCCAUGGUGUUGGCCCAUCGUGGCAGCCACUGGACUACUCUGCAGUGUGUGUGUCAGACUCUGUGGGAUCAAAGCUGCCGUAUCACUUUCCUAGUGCAUAGUGCUGCUCAGCUUGACCUACCUUCCCCCCUCCAGGACCAGCUGAACACCACCUUCACCCCACUGCUGCUGCUGGCUACUGACCUUAUCAUGGACAUGCUGAACAGACUUGGGCUGUGGAGUGCGUAUGACAGGGACUUGACUGAGGAUGAACUGGAGUCCAGUCUCCACUUCUCAGCCCCGCUGGAUAACAGAACUCAGGCGGACCUGCGUUGGGUUCGCACCCUGGUGCUGCACACUCUGGAGCGUCUCCAUGACAGUGGCCAAUGGGAAAGCCUGGCCCAUUUUGCCUUAGUUUUUAACAAUUACACGCGGGAACGUUAUGCCUUGAUCGUAACUCCUCUAAUAGUCCUUGCUCAGAGAAAGCUACUGGAAAGGAUAAGUUCCUUAAAAGGACCCGCAGUCCCUCAACCACACCAUGUCAAGACCCAGAAGGCCACUGGCAAGGAGGUAACAUACAGAAGCUACGCAGACUCCCAGCUGCUCAUAGGGUGGAGUCCUCACCCUGCUCAGCAAACACCAAUGCAAAAAAACCUCACUAACUCAAGUCCUCAAGACACAGCCGACCUUAAAGGUGCAGAGAUACAGCACUCCAUGUCCCUUGUGUGCGUCCCUCUGGAUGUAGAGGACACACUGAGCUGUUUCCGUCAAGCCCUCGAGAAAAGACCGCACUGUCUUCAGGUCUUCCAGCAUAGUCGCUCCUUACUGCUGCAGCUCCUUGCAUACACAAAGCCCUGCUUUACGGCACAGUUGCAGCAGUGUCAGAGCAGAACUCUCAGCCAUUCUACAAGCCUGGUUGAUUUCAUUCCUAAGCCGUCUCCAGACAUACAACCUUGCGACCUGACCGAGGAGGACUACAGUUCCCCAAAUGCUCUCUACAGCCUCCCCAUCAGCCCUGACCACAUGCCCACAGUCUGUGCUGCAUACUCCGCCUCCAUUAAGUAUCUCCAGGCCAACAAUCAUGAAUCCCUCAGAGUUCUGGCGCUGCAUGAAAUGGGAAACCUACAGUUCUACAAUGGAAACACACGGGCAGCACACGCAUACUGGAGUAAAGCUGUAGACUGUGCCUUACAGAGCUCUGGUGCUGUAGAGAAAUGGGAUGGCGUGUCAGUUCAGGGUGGCUCCCUGCAGCAAACCCUGAACCAGGCUGGCAUUUGGGGAUGUCUACAGGCUGCUGUGCUAACUGCUAAGAUUGCACAGUACAUCUUAAGUGCUGCUGAUAUCAGCCAGCGUACGAAUUGCUGUCUCAUGUCUGCACACCUCUUUAAGUGUGUGCUGUGUUGCUCCCUGGCUCAGCCCCAGGCCGACCUCCAGUACGCCUUUCACAGCAUCGGAGAGGAACUGCUCCCUGGAGCGGACCUUUUCUCUGAGCCUCACAGGGUUCCCCUCGGCUCCACUGUAACCAGCCUCAACUUCCUCUGCCACUGGCUCUACAUCACAGGCCACUACAUCACGCUUCUGCCCAUACUAGCUCUUUACCUUCAUUUUGUUGGGUCUGUGUGCAGAGAUGUCCAGCGCACUAUUGAGGGCAAAAUACUAAAGAUCCGUGCCCUAACUCAACUGUGUCUGUUCACUGAAGCUGUAAAGGAGGCAGCUCAGAUCACACAAGGGACCGGGAUCCUUCUGCCUCAUGCACACUUUAUAACCAAAGACAAUCUCCAACUUGUGAAGACGUUCUACAGCAACAAGUCUCUCCUGGACAAUUCUGAGGCUUUGGAGGAAUUCAUAAACUGUGAAUUUACUCCAGAGAUCAGCACGCUGUAUGGAUCCACAUUGUGCCUCAGAUUCAAACUUGCUCGCACUCAACUAGUCCUGGCACUCAGUGACACCUUGCAUGGCCCUCCUGCUCCAGUGGACACUGAGGACUCCAGUCUGAAGACAGAAGAGCCAAAAGUGUUGACCUUUCAUUCCAAAAAGGAAAAGCUAACUCCAGAAACGAUGAAGUUCCUUUUGCUAGAAGUAGCGUCUUCCUGGUUGCACUCCAUCUCACAGCAACUGAGCUCUCUGUCCUGUAGCGAAAUGGAGAUCCUGGAGCUGACGAUAGAGUCCAAACUUCUGAAGGCCAGCCUGUACCUGCAGCAAGGCAAUGCUGCAGAUAGUUCUGAGGUGGCAAUUUCCUCCUUUAUGCUGCUGCUGACGUCUCCUGUAAUCCUGAAAGGAAUCGAACCUGGCUUUCAGAAACCUGCAUCUGACAGACUGCACACCAGGACUGGGAGUGAACGGGUUACUCAGGAUUGCAGUGUUUCACACACACAGCAUGCAGACUCCCCUACAGCAGUGGGGGCCAGUGAGAGAGUUGGACCCCCUCUGUGGCUGCGCUGCCGCCUGGCUUUGGUCCGCAGCCUCACGUCACACAUCCCUGGCACUGCUGCCCCGUUGCCAGGUAAAAACAUCAAUGAGGAGGCGUCUCGGCUGUUACAGGAGGGUCUUGAUGAAUGUGCACUGUGGGGAGACAUUGAUAUUCAAGCCCUUUUGAUGGUGGAAGGUGCAGAACUGAAAGCAAAGAGAGGCAAGACCGAUGACAGCAUGGCUAUGUUGCAGGAAGCAGUGGCCCUGCUGUCCGGACACACAUCGAUGCCUCCAGGAUCCAGCCUGACUCUGGCUCGGGCCACUCUGCUGCUCAGCGACCUAAGAGGAGUACAGAGCAUCACACUUCUCAAACUGACACAGAAACUACUUAAAAAGCAGCUAAGUGUUUUUGGUCAGAGAGUGGUGUUGGAUGAUGGAAAAAUGUGCUUCCCUCCUCCUGGACCAAGCAACAUCUACCUCCCUUACCUCUACAUGCUGGAUCAGACCACAUUGCAAAUUGGUCGUAUUCUGGAUCUUAAUGCCAUGCAAAUACCAGACCCAGAGGCCCAGUCAUCACAAUCCACUUCCAGGCAGAGAUCAAACCACUCCAGCCGGAUAGAGAGAGACUCUCCUGCAUCAGUUACAUCUCCGUCUCUAAACAGCCUGAACACAUCCAAUCCUAAGAGCCCACCAUGCUCAGCCAGAUAGCCAGAGUAUAUUAACAGCCAUAAUGUCGUGGAUAUAGGGCGGCACGCUCGGUAAUUAAAAGCAAAUAAUAAAUUGAACUGGAAUCUCUGAUUACACUUAAAAAUGCUGAACAAUGUAAAUGUAAGGAAUGUUUAUUUUGUUAUGGAUGAUUUUACCUACAGUAAUUUGUCAU